AUGAGCACGAAUCGGCUGCAGCGGACGCACCGCUCGACCAAGAUCCCCAAUGUCAAGCUGCGCCCGGUGCCUGUGUCGACCGCGUCGCGCGAGCGGCAGCGUGCGGAUGCCGAGGACGACGCGCACUUCCAGGCGACACGCGACCACGGCACAACGCGCGGCGCGCAUACCGCGCAGGACUUUCUCGCGUCCAAGCCGCUCCAGGGCGUCGUACUGAGCUUUACCGGGAUCACAGACGAAAAGCGUGAGCUUGUCGACAUUGCCGAGCAGCUCGGAGCGCGCGUGCACAAAAAUCUCACGAGCGAAGUCACGCACCUCGUCGCGCGUCAGCCGGGCUCAGAAAAGUACAAGUGCGCGGUGCGCUUUCAUAUGCACGUUGUGCGGCCCGAGUGGCUGUACCUCGUUCGCGAGGCAUGGCUCGCUGGGGAGGACGCGGUCGAUAUCGCGCAGCUCGCAGACGAGUCGCGCCUCGGCGCGCUCGAAGGCAUGCACAUUGCGCUCAGCGGCGUAGACGAAUCCACACGCGCGCGCCUCGCAGAGCGCAUCCACGAGCAGGGCGGCACGCUCGCGCCGCGCCUCUCGCUCGACGGAUCGCUUACCCACCUCGCGUGCGGCCCGGAUGACGGCCGCAUCCGCAAGAGCUAUACACGCGUCGUCGAGCAGCAGGCGCUCGCGCGGCACUAUACCACAGACGCCCUCCCGGCGCCGAUCCGCGCCGCAGCCGCUAUCAAGCUCGUGCACGUCGAGUGGAUCGACGAGUGCUGCGACACGGGAACGAUGCUGCCCGAGGACGAGUACGACGCGCGCGCGCCACUUGCGCCACGGCCGCCACGGCCGCAGCCACCGCCGCGCAUCCCGAUGGCCGAGCGGACGAUCUCGGCGCCGGCGCCGGCAGCUCCGCCACAAAAGGACCUCGCGCGCCUCGUCCACCGCAUCCACAGCCAGACCGAGCCGGGCCUGGGGCAGGCACCGAAACGCACAGGACUCCUCGCGCUGACGCGUGCGGAGCGCUUUGGCCAGGAGGCGCCGAAACUCUUUGCACAGCGCACCUUUCACGUCGCGAUGGCCGACGACGCCCGCACGCGGCGCGUCGCCAGCGCAAUCCGCGGCGCAGGCGGCGUGCUCGUCGCAGAGCAGGACGCCAUGUACACCGUGCGCCCGCUCGUGGGGGGCCGGGGGGCGGGCCAAUGCGUCACGCACCACUGGGUCGAGCUGUGCCUGCACUACGACCGCCUCGUCGAUCCCAAGGCGUACGUGGCGAGCGAGCCGACACGGGCGCCGAUGCCGGUGCCGGGCGCCGACGCGGUGCGCUUCAGCUUCACUGGCGUCGACCGCGAGGGGCCCGAGUACCACCACGCGCUCGCGGCGAUCCACGCGAUCGGCGCCUCGGUCGAAGACGCGAUGAGCAGGGCACGUACGACGCACCUCGUCGCAGAAGGCGACGCGAGGCACGGCGUCAAAGCCCAAAAGGCGGCUGCAUGGGGUGUACCGGUCGUGGGGUAUGAAUUUCUGCAAAAGGUCCUACGUACAGGGCGGCUCCGCGAAACGAGCGACGUGCCGCCGCCGCCGCCGCCGCCGCCGCCGCCGGAUGCGAGCGACACGCCGGACGCGGAGCCGACGCCCGAGCCGGAACAAGACGUCCCGUCGUCGCAGUCGUGCCACAUGUGA